AUGAGCUUUGCCACCCAAACCGGAAAAGACCAACUUGUUGCUAAGCACGACGACGAUGUCGUGAUCUGUGCAGCGCUGCGCUCGCCUAUCACGAAAGCCAAGAAGGGCGGUCUUGCUCAGGCUGCGCCAGAGGAGAUGCUCGGUGUUGUCCUCAAGGCCAUCAUCCAGAAGACCAAGAUUGACCCGAAGCUUAUUGAGGAUGUUUCCAUUGGUAACGUGCUUCCCCCUGGUGGCGGUGCUACUUCUGCACGCCAGGCUGUCCUUUGGGCUGGCAUUCCCAACACUGCUGCGGUGAACACUGUUAACCGCCAGUGCUCUUCUGGUCUCGCCUCGAUCAACCAGAUCGCCAACGAGAUCCUUUCUCGUCAAAUUGACAUUGGUAUUGCGGGUGGUGUUGAGUCCAUGACUCUUAACUACGGCGCCGGUGUCAUGCCGACCAAGAUGUCUGACAGCGUCCUUGAAAACGAGGAGGCUGCCGACUGCCUUAUGCCCAUGGGUAUUACCUCGGAGAAUGUUGCUCGCAACUUCAACGUUACGCGUGAGAAGCAGGAUGCCUUUGCUGCCGAGUCGCAGCGCCGUGCUGCCGAGGCCCAGAAGGCCGGCAAGUUUAAGGAGGAGAUCGUUACGAUCAACUACGUUGAUGACGAUGGCAAGGAGCGUGUUGUUUCCGAGGACGAUGGUAUUCGUGCUGGUGUGACAAAGGAGUCGCUCGGCAAGCUCAAGCCUGCGUUUGCCGCCGACGGCACCACCCACGCCGGUAACGCCUCUCAAGUCUCGGACGGUGCCGCCGCUGUUCUUUUGGCCCGCCGUAGCAUUGCCAAGAAGUACAACCUGCCUAUUCUCGGCAAGUACAGCGGUGCCGCUGUGGUCGGUGUGCCCCCCAACGUGAUGGGCAUUGGCCCCGCCUUUGCCAUCCCCAAGCUCUUGGAGAAGGCCGGCCUCAAGUCCAACGACAUUGACAUUUACGAGAUCAACGAGGCGUUUGCGUCCCAGGCGCUCUACUCUGUUGAGAAGGUUGGCCUCGACCUUGCCAAGGUGAACCCUAACGGUGGUGCCAUUGCGCUCGGCCACCCGCUCGGUGCCACCGGUUCUCGCCAGAUUGCCACUGCGCUUGCUGAGGCGAAGCGCUCCCACGCCAAGUUCAUUGUCACUUCUAUGUGCAUUGGCACUGGUAUGGGUAUGGCUGCGCUUGUUGUUAACGAGCAGUAA